AUGAUGAAAACGGAGUCUUCAGGAGAAAGAUCAACCCUCCGAAGUGCCUCUCCUCACAGGAAUGCUUACAGAACUGAGUUCCAGGCGCUGAAAAGCACCUUUGACAAACCAAAAUCAGAUGGAGACCAAAAAGCGAAAGAGGAAGGAGAGGCCUCGCAGAGCAGGGGAAGGAAAUAUGGCUCAAAUGUCAAUAGGAUUAAAAACUUGUUUAUGCAGAUGGGCAUGGAGCCCACUGAAACUGCUGGAGUUACCCCUAAAACCAGGGGGAAGGGUGGCCCUCCAUCACCUCAAAGACGAAUUAGGCCUAAAGAAUUUGUCGAAAAAGCAGAUGGUUCAAUCGUAAAAUUAGAAUCAUCCGUCUCGGAAAGGAUUAGUAGAUUUGAUACUAUCCAUGAUGGUCCUUCCUAUUCCAAGUUUACUGAAACUCGGAAGAUGUUUGAGCGAAACGCUCAUGAAACGGGACAUUCCAAUCGCUAUUCCCCAAAGAAAGAGAAAGUAAUUUCCAAUGAGCUUCCAGAUGAAUGGUGCAGCUCUAAGUCUCACAGAGGCAGCACUGAUUCACUGGACAGUCUUAGCCCAAGGACAGAGACUGUCUCUCCAACUGUGAGUCAGCUCAGCGCAGUUUUUGAGAACACUGACUCACACAACGUAAUCGUUGUAGAAAAGUCGGAGAACAACGAAGAGUACUCUGUAACUGGUCACUAUCCGCUAAACCUCUCGUCCACUGUUGCAAAUAUCUCCUCCCCGGUUGCAAACCUUGAGGGUUUCAGUCCUUUGAAAGAUGCCAGCACAUGGUCUCCCCCAGCCAAACAGAGUACAGGCAUGAUGUCUGUUGAGAACUCUCAGCAGAAUAGCACGCCUUCAACACCAAGACAGAAGACGUCGACAGGCACUUCGGCAAGUUCAAAAACAACUGAAGAAAUAAAGAAGAGUACAGAGGCAAGUGCUGAUUCUGUUGAGAGCUCUUCAGCGAGUCAGCAGGAUUUGGUCAACAGGCUUGACAGCGAAAGAGCUGUGGACAGCUGUGCUAGGAGUAAGUCAAAAACAGAGACAGAUGUUUCGUUGCAACAAAAGGAACGGUCAGAACAAGCAGAGGGUAUCUUUGAUAGACCUGAAGCUACAGAAUUACCAAGAAAUGUAGCUUCAGGUGGUGAUUUUGCCACAGAUGCUGUUUCAGAUGUUACCGAGUCCCAUUAUGAUGAGGCAAGUGAAAAAGAAGUGCAUGAAGAUGUGAAUAAUUUUCAGAGUUCCCACGUGUACAUGCACUCUGACUACAAUGUAUAUCGGGUACGAUCGAGAUAUAAUUCUGACUGGGGAGAGACAGGUACAGAACAGGAUGAUCAGGAUGACAGCGAUGAAAAUAACUGUUAUGAACCUGAUAUGGAAUAUUCUGAAAUUAAUGGAUUGCCAGAUGAAGAUGAAAUCCCAGCCAAUAGAAAAAUACAGUUUAGCCGUGCUCCAAUUAAGGUUUUCAAUACAUAUUCCAAUGAAGACUAUGACAGGAGAAAUGAUGAAGUUGACCCAGUGGCUGCAUCAGCUGAAUAUGAGCUCGAGAAGCGUGUGGAAAAGCUGGAGCUCUUCCCAGUUGAACUAGAAAAAGAUGAAGAUGGACUUGGCAUAAGCAUUAUUGGAAUGGGAGUCGGAGCAGAUGCAGGCCUUGAAAAACUGGGAAUAUUUGUCAAAACAGUAACAGAAGGUGGGGCAGCAGAAAGAGAUGGCAGGAUCCAAGUGAAUGACCAAAUUGUGGAAGUCGAUGGCAUCAGUCUGGUUGGUGUUACACAAAAUUUUGCCGCAACUGUUCUUAGAAACACCAAAGGGAAAGUCAGGUGAGUAUUUUAGAAGAAAAAAAGAAAUUGUGAUUGA